AUGCGCUUCAGGCACUCGAGCACCGAUGCCACCAUGCGACUACGUUCAGGCAACUUGUAUCACUUGCCAAGCAACUUACGAGAGGUGUUUUUGACCUAUACGCGUGAACUUACUCGCGUACCAAAAUCUGGCAGCCGCUACGACGCGCUAUUUACUGCAGAGAAACAUAUCAAGGAUGCGAUCCAACACGCUCCGAACUUGAGGAAAAUUCGCCUUUAUGAAAAUGUCAUUACACUCAAGAGCGACUUUUAUGCGCAAGAUAUGGCAUCUUUUAGCAAAGCCUUAAUACUUACGUCACCAGUCCGUGUCGCUCGUUCUAAGAUACCUUUUGAAGGCGCUCGGCGAAUUGUCGACUUGAUCUUGGUUCUUUCCACGUUCAAUCCCGCAAACCGUUUUCACAAACCUGGACUACAGAUGAAGACACCGGAUGUUCAAGCAAAAACAUUGCGCAAUGUGAUCAGCUUUCCAAAUUCACGGCUGAUGGAUGGCAACUCCAUUAUGUUUGGUACUGGUGACAACGAAAGUGUUUUAAAAGCGUUUUGGCCCCAGCAAGAUGAUACGAGACUGGGCAAUUUGAUCACGAAAGAGGGAUAUCAGGCCAAAGUAUACGACGACUACUUAUCCGCUGAUUUGAUAUACCAACUUAUCGGACUGAGCAAUAAGAAUCUUGGCAAUGUCAAGUUCAAGAGUGUUCAAGGUUGCUCCAUUGACUGGUUUGAUUGGGUCCUUGCCAUGUGCCCUGGCAUCGAUAUGUUUUGCUACUUACCUACCUUUAUCUACUGUACUACACGUCCCGUUUCAAUAUCUCGACCUACUGGCGUACCACCCAUUCAACCCAACAUGACCAUCUGUACGGCACAUUUCAAAGUGCAGUAA